AACAUCCAAAUGUUGCAACGCAUGGAGAUUCUCACACCUCAUGUUGACUCCUGGUAACUCGGCAAGAUGGACGAGUUCAGCACUGUGCAGCAGCACGUGCAAGCUGCCCUCGUAGCAACCACGCGCUCCGCCUCCGCCCUCGCCAACGAAGACCUGCCCUUCCAUCGAUCCCUCUCCACCUCCCUCUCCGCCCAACUCGACCGGCAGAAUGCGCGGCUUCUCGCUCUUGCGUCGACUCUUCUGGGCGCUGCGACUCCCGCUUCGGAGAGCGUACGUGCCGCCCCUUCGCUGAAAGACUUGGACAGCGUCGACGGCAAUUGGCGUGCGGUGGUUGAUGUUGUCGACAGUUUGCUUGAGCGUGCCGAUACUGCUUUGGAUGAGUUUACGGGGGCCGUGAGACGGCUGACUCCUGAUGCGGAGGCCAGGGCAAUGGCGGCUACCAAGUCCGCAAAGACAUCGGAGAUUGCGCGACGGCUGAGAUCGCAAGAUAUGGAGAAGCCACAACUGCUGUUUGAGAAUGUGCCCACCAACAGAGAGAAGGCCCCAUUCAAACCUUUACUAUUGAGCAAGCCUCACGCCGCGGUUCCUCUGGCCACUGCUCCGAUCACCUCAAAGUCGUUCCCCAAACCACAAUACCCGCACCCUUACCAGCUCGAGAUCGAGCAGUACCAAUACCCUGCGUCGGUCUACGCGCAGGCCGACCCAAUCGCCUACCACCCAUUUGAUUCGACUUCGGCGACCUUUGUGGACACCGAAGAAGCGGUUGACGAGAUGCUAGAGGAGCUGAAAUUGGCAAAGGAGAUUGCGAUCGAUCUCGAACAUCACGACACCAGAUCAUACAUUGGUAUCGUGUGCUUGAUGCAGAUCAGCACACGAGACCGAGACUGGAUCGUCGACACUCUGAAGCCAUGGCGGCGAAAGCUCCAGUGUCUGAAUCAAGUCUUCGCCGACCCUAGCAUUGUCAAAGUCUUGCAUGGAGCCUAUAUGGACAUCAUGUGGCUGCAGCGCGAUCUCGGGCUGUACAUCGUUGGUCUUUUCGACACCCAUUACGCCGCUCGAGCGCUCGGAUAUCCUGGCGGCAGCUUGGCCUUUCUGCUGAAGAAGUUCAUCAACAUCGAUGCAAACAAGCAGUAUCAGAUGUCCGAUUGGCGGAUACGGCCACUGCCUCAAGAGCUGCUAGACUACGCGAGGAGCGACACUCACUAUCUCCUCUACAUCUUCGAUUGCAUGCGAAAUGAGCUCAUCCAGCGCUCGAAUUUGUCGCUCCCUAAUCAAGAGGGUGACAAACUCGCGGACGUGCUGUACAAAAGCAGCGAGACGGCUCUCCAACGAUACGAGCAUCCCACCUACGACUACGAGCUCGGCCAGGGACCGUCUGGGUGGUACAAGACGCUUGCGCGUGCAUCUGCCAUGUUCACCAACGAGCAGUUUGCCGUUUUCAAGGCCGUGCAUCAAUGGCGAGACGAGGUCGCGCGGGACGAAGACGACUCGGUGCACUAUGUUAUGCCCAACUACCACAUCUUCAACAUUGCGCGAGAACUGCCGGUCACUCGCGCGACCUUGUCAAACAUCCUUCAUCCGGGGACGCCGGCGAUUCGCCUCAGAGCCGAUGAGCUUGUCGGAGUCAUUCUCGGGGCGAAGGAAGCUGGGAAGACCGGGCCGGCAAUGUUGGACGUCCUGAACCAAAUCGAGCCGCACAAGCACGUCAGCUCGAAGGUGCCGCACAGCCAUUCCGUGGCUGCUUAUGUGCCGAAGCCAGCGGCGCAAGCAGGCGAUAAUGGGGUCCGCUCUGGCCUCCCACUGCGAAGCGCAACAUCGACAUUCUGGGGUGCGGCAUUGAAGCACGAUGCGACCGAGGGCCAGCGUCGAGCAUUGUCUACGGCUCCCGGUCUGUCUCUGACCGUGCCCAUGCCUGCGCUUGGCGCCACGGUCUUUGCCGAUGUGACGGAAUUUGAAGCAUCUGGACUGGGUGCGGCUCAUCAAGUCAACGGCGAAGAUGUCGAGUCUGUGAAUGUAGCCCCCGAGCCAAUCGACGAUGAAGACGAAGUCGUCAUACUCAAAGAGAUGGGAAGGAAGCGCAAACGCGACGGCCGCGCAGCCGCAAUCACCGACGGCAUGGCGAGUCAAUCCGACGAAGUGACGCUUCUGGAAGAAGACGACGAGACCAGACAACAGCGAGCGAAAGCAGAAAGCAAAAGGGCAAAGAAGGAGGCGCGAAGGGCCGCUCGACUCACGGCUGGGGCAUCAGACGACGCUGCCUUGGAUGAGCAGCCUUUUGACUACUCCUCCGCUCCUAGCAUUCUCAACCCUCCGCGAGAGGAUGCGGGUGCUGGAGCGGCGGCGGCGGGGCGCAGGAGGCAGGUGAAUCCGCAUGCGAAGUUGCUUGAUGCGCCGAAGGGUGCGCCGAGGAACCCGGCGGCGAAGGAGAGGGCGGGGAGGAUGGCAACGUUUAGGAAGUAGUUGCUUGACGAGCAGUCACUUGCAGCAAAGCAUCAAACACGGAUGUCACUAAAUCGCAAUGCAAGCCUACGUACCUCCCGAUGUACUCGCGCUCGUAUUGCUCGGACAUUCCGGCGGGACUGCUAACGCCACACCGCCCGCGGGGCACGCGGGGUGACGCGCCUACGUCAUGUAUCGUGGUGAAGCGCCAACGGCGU